GAUCUGAGACAGGUGAAUCUGGUUAUCAUACUGGUGCGCAUCCGUGAGCGGACUUGGGACUUCUACGAUGGGACUCAGCCAGUUGCUGUAGUGGCACACCAGCCCAGGCCAGCUGUGGAUGAAAGGGUGCGGAGGUUUGUCGCUGGAUUGCAGCCCGGGAUUCGAUUUAGUAUGGCUCGAGAGGUGGAGAUGGGCAUAGAGUAUCAGCUAGUGGUCGAGAUUGCUCGCCGGAUUGAGGGAUAUUGCCAGUGGGGUCCCCAGGGCCCUUCUGAUUCUUAUUUUAGUGCCAUGCCGGAGAGUUCAUGUUGUCCACCGGCUAUCCAGGCUUCUUCCAGCGGGUCUAUGGGUUAUCAGGGUCAGCCAUCAGGGCAGCAGGUAGCCGCCCCGCGCUAUGCUUCGGUAUUAUUUGAUCCGGCGUCUACCUACUCAUAUGUAUCACCUCUGUUUGCUCGUUUCCUGGUUAUUUCUUCUGAGCCGUUGGGCACUCCUGUUCAUGUGUCCACUCCUGUGGGUGAUUCUAUGGUUGUGGAUCGGAUCUACCGGUCCUGUGUGGUCACUUUCUGUGGUUUCAAGACUAGGGCAGAUCUUCUGUUGCUUGAUAUGAUUGAUUUUGAGGUCAUCCUGGGCAUGGAUUGGUUAUCUCCAUAUCACGCCGUCCUUGACUGCCAUGCCAAGACUGUUUCACUAGUGAUACCAGGAUCACCGAGAUUGGAGUGGAAGGGUUCCACAGUGGAUAUGCCUAGCAGGGUUAUCUCUUUCCUGAAGGCUCGACACAUGGUCGAGAAGGGGUGUUUGGACUAUCUAGCUUAUGUUCGAGACGUCACCACAGAGUCUCCGACGAUUGAUUCAGUGCCAGUGGUCCGAGAGUUCGCCGAUGUAUUUCCUUCUGAUCUUCCUGGCAUGAUUUCGGAUCGUGAUAUUGAUUUCUGUAUUGACUUAGUCACCAUCAAGAACAAGUACCCGUUGCCUCGUAUUGAUGAUUUGUUUGACCAGUUGCAGGGAGCUAGAGUGUUCUCUAAGAUUGACCUGAGGUCAGGGUAUCAUCAGCUGAAGAUUCGGGACUCGGAUGUUCCGAAGACUGCAUUCAGGACUAGAUAUGGCCACUAUGAGUUUCUGGUGAUGUCUUUCGGCUUGACCAAUGCACCCGCAACAUUUAUGGACCUGAUGAACAGGGUGUUCAGGCCUUAUAUCGAUUCCUUUGUUAUCGUCUUCAUUGACGACAUCUUGAUAUACUCACGUAGCCAAUCACCCUUGACUAGACUGACCCAUAAGGGUGCCCCAUUCAUUUGGUCCGAUGAUUGUGAGGAGAGCUUUCAAAAGCUCAAGGUAGCUUUGACUACGGCACCAGUUCUUGUAUUGCCUUCCGGUACGGGGAUGUAUACGGUAUAUUGUGACGCUUCGCGCAUUGGUUUGGGAUGUGUGUUGAUGCAGGAGGGGCGAGUUAUUGCAUAUGCCUCGCGUCAGCUGAAGAUUCAUGAUAAGAAUUACCCUGUGCACGAUCUGGAGUUGGCAGUGUACACCAAUCACCGCAGCUUAAAACAUUUAUUCAGGCAGAGGGAUCUCAAUUUGAGACAGCGCAGGUGGCUUGAGCUGCUGAAGGAUUAUGACAUUACCAUUCUUAAUCAUCCGGGCAAGGCGAAUGUAGUAGCGGAUGCCUUGAGCAGAAAGGCGGAGAGCAUGGGUAGCUUGGCAUUCAUUCCAGUAGAGGAGAGGCCCCUAGCUCUGGACAUCCAGUCCUUAGCUAACAGGCUUGUGAGGUUGGACAUUUCAGAGUCCAGCCGAGUUCUAGCAUGUGUGGUUGCUCAGUCCUCGUUAUUGGGGGAGAUUAAGGCCCGACAGUUCGAUGAUCCACAUUUGGCAUUUCUCAGAGAGACGGUACUUCAGGGAGGUGCCAAGGAGGUUUCUAUUGGCGAGGAUGGCGUCAAGUAUGAACAUCAGAGGCUAGGUGGCCUCCUUCAGCAGAUGCCCAUACCAGAGUGGAAGUGGGAACGCAUCACCAUGGACUUCGUAGUUGGGCUACCGCAGACUUUGCGGAAGGUUGAUUCAGUGUGGGUCAUUGUGGAUAGGUUGACCAAGUCGACCCAUUUUAUUCCAGUGGCGACUACUUAUACAGCGGAGAGGUAUGCUCAGAUUUACAUUCGGGAGAUAGUCCGAUUGCAUGGUGUGCCGGUGUCCAUCAUAUCAGACAGAGGCCCUCAGUUCACUUCCCAUUUCUGGAGAGCCGUGCAGAGUGAGUUGGGGACUCGUGUAGAGCUUAGCACAGCAUUCCAUCCUCAGACCGACGGACAGUCGGAGCGGACAGUGCAGAUCUUGGAGGAUAUGCUUAGAGCAUGUGUGAUUGACUUUGGAGGGCAGUGGGAUCAGUUCUUGCCCUUAGUGGAGUUUGCGUACAACAACAGCUACCAGUCCAGCAUAGAGAUGGCCCCGUAUGAGGCUUUAUAUGGUCGACGUUGUCGUUCUCGUAUCGGGUGGUUUGAGCCUGGUGAGGCUAAGUUACUUGGCACAUAUUUGGUACAGGAUGCCUUGGAUAAGGUAAAGUUGAUUCAGGGGAGGCUUCGCAUAGCUCAGUCCAAGAAAAUGAGCUACGCGGACCAGAAGGCGCGGGAUGUAUCAUUUAUGGUUGGCGAGAAGGUUCUCUUGAAAGUCUUGCCCAUGAAGGGCAUUAUGAGGUUCGAGAAGAAGGGCAAGUUGAGCCCAAGGUUCAUUGGCCCCUUUGAGGUGUUGAGACGAGUUGGGGAGGUGGCUUAUGAGCUUGCCUUACCCCCUAGUUUAGCGGGAGUUCACCCAGUUUUUCAUGUCUCGAUGCUUCGGAAGUAUCAUGCCGACCUAUCCCACGUGUUGGACUUUAGCACCAUUCAGUUAGAUGAGAGUUUGGGCUAUGAGGAGGAGCCAGUUGCUAUUAUUGAUAGACAGGAUCGCCAGCUGAGGUCCAAGAAGAUUUCUGCGGUGAGAGUCCAGUGGAGGGGCCAACCGGUCGAGGAGGCGACCUGGGAGUCCGAGGAGGACAUGCGGAGCAGAUAUCCCCAC